UUUGGGUUCUUAUCUGCGUUUCAACUUACACUCCGUUUGGUUACUUAAAAGGGAAAAUAAAAGAAAAUAACUUAAUAUUGAACUUAUACAAUUCAAACAAUUUCACUAGACUUCGUAAGGUGGGUUUUUUUUAUUGGCUUCAAAUUAAGGAAAAUAUGCUAUUAAAAAAUUUGAAUUUACUUUUUCUUUCUCUAUGCAUUGCUGGGUAAUGUGAUGGUGCAGUAAUGAACUUUGGAAAACAAUAUCCGGAAUGAACCCACUAUAUUUUCUUUGACAAGUUCAUUAAUUUGUGUAAUCGUUUUUUAAUGGGUUUCCACGGCUAAAUUCUGGCUUAUAUUGCUGGAUUACAUAAUUUUGGUGGAGCAUCAAAGAAAUGAACUAUCUAAAAAAAAGUAUCAAAUAAGAAUAUAUGUGGGAAGCUUAUUUGUGGGGACUUUAUAUUGAUGAGGUAGUACGGAGCACAAGCAGAAUAACUCUAGAACUUUUUGAGAUGUCAUCAUUCAAGGCAAUAAUGGAUAAUAUAACUGGAAGCAAGUAACGACAUUUCUUGUUUUGACUUCAUUAUUUUUUGGGGGGGAUAAGUAAAUUUAUUAUCUUUCAGAGCGAUCAAGUAUAGGAAAUACUAGAUUCAAUGUAUAUUUUUUCCAUGAUCUAGAUGGUAUUGAAAGAGCUUGAUCUCAUUCGUUAGCACAUGAUUCAAACAUGUUUCUGACCCUAAUUUUAUGGAAAGAUGUAAAACUCAGUUGUCAUGCACCUUCUCCCAUGUGAUAUUGUGUCUCAUGCUAGUCCACGAACAUAGGAUGUUUUUCGAGCCAUUUGGAUUGUGGCAUAUAUAACGAGAUAACUAAUUUUGAAUAGUUGCAACUUGCAUGUGGUGAAUACUUGGAAAGGAACUCUCCCAAGUAAAGUCGCCUCGUCUCAAACUAGUCCACAAACAUAAGAAGUUCCUCAAGCAAAGAUCACAGGAAAAGUUACAGGGAUAAGAAUUACUACUUUUAACCAAUCCCGUAGUAGACAAAGGGGAGGUUCACUUGCUGCUGGUAUGAACCUUUUUGACCGCUUUUCUAGGGUUGUCAAGUCAUAUGCAAAUGCAAUUAUAAGUUCCUUUGAAGAUCCGGAGAAAAUUCUAGAGCAAACAGUGCUUGAAAUGAAUGAUGACUUGAUGAAGAUGCGUCAGGCCACAGCUCAAGUAUUGGCAUCUCAAAAGCAGUUGGAAAACAAAUAUAAGGCUGCACAACAAGCUUCUGAAGAUUGGUACCGUAAGGCUCAAUUUGCUCUACAGAAAGGAGAAGAAGAUCUUGCACGGGAAGCCCUAAAGAGGCGUAAAUCUUAUGCUGAUAAUGCUAAUGCUUUGAAAGCUCAACUGGAUCAACAGAAAACUGUUGUUGAGAAUCUUGUCUCUAAUACACGGCUUUUGGAGAGUAAGAUACAGGAAGCAAGAUCAAAGAAAGAUACUCUGAAAGCUCGUGCUCAGUCUGCGAAGACUGCAAGCAAAGUGAGUGAGAUGUUGGGGAACGUCAAUACAAGCAAUGCUCUUUCAGCUUUUGAAAAGAUGGAAGAGAAAGUUUUGGCAAUGGAAUCCCAAGCAGAAGCGGUUGGUCAAUUAACUACUGAUGAUCUUGAAGGGAAGUUUGCACUACUAGAGGGCUCAUCAGUUGAUGAUGAUCUAGCAAACCUGAAGAAAGAACUGUCUGGUAGCUCAAAGAAAGGAGAGCUUCCACCAGGAAGAACUGUCACUACCAGCACAAACAAGGCAUAUCCGUACCGAGAUGCUGAUAUUGAAAUGGAGCUUAAUGAACUAAGGCAAAGGGCGAAGGAUUUCUAGACUUUCAGAUUUUGCCCAUCUUAACUUUCUUCUUUCAAGCUCAGCAUUGCCUUUUAUUUUUCCAACAGAUUUAACUUUGUACAGCUAAACGCCAUACAUAUUAACAUUGUAUAGCUAGAAGGCCAAGCUUAAAUCAAUUAUAGUGAUGUCUGGACGGGUAUGCAAUGGAACAGAGCUGCACGUUUAUAUGCGAUAAAACACCAUUGUUGUGUUCUAGAUGUAGGCUUAUCAUGAGCAUUAUAUGAAGCAGAACCCUUGUUUUUGGAUAA